ACGACAUGAAACAUUGCCAUUAGCAGAAGGAACCGAGCCAGCGUGAACGACACACACGUUUAGUGUCUCGUUUGAUAUACACGGAAAUUGAUUUGUCGUAAUUCAGGUGAAAAAUGAAAGAGAGAUAGCAAAGUGUUUUUUUAAAAAAUUUUCUCAUUAUAGUUGGAAAAAAAAAUUACAAGUGCCAAGAACUCGUUUUUCUACUAUAAUCGAACAAGAAAGAAAGGCAAGACAGCCUCCAGGCUUGUUUUGCACAAUCGUAAAGACUCGCGAGUGUAUUCGAAUCGGCUUGAAAAACAAAAAAACAAAAAAAAAAAAAUGUGGUUCUUAAUUUUCGCGCUUAUGUGUUGUGAAGUGUCAUCAGAAAUACAACAACAAAAUUCAAGUGAUAUUCAUUUUUCUGAUGUUGAAAAUCAAAGGAGGAUAGUACCUGACAAUUCUAGUAUUACUUCGAUAUCGUUACCGAUUGCGAGGACAAUGAAUACUUUAGGAAAAUUUAAUUAUUCCGAUCUCAUAGAAGAUUUACCAGCUUCAGGAGAAAUAAUUCGUGUUGGAAGGGACUCUCAAUCGAGAGCAAUAAGACCUGAAUUUGCAAAAUGUAUGCCCGAGAGUACAGUUGUAAAAGUUGUCAAAAAUCCUGAACCAUCGACAAUUUAUUUUCCCGCAUGUAUAAGAGUAAAAAGAUGCGGAGGCUGUUGCCAAAAUAGUUUAUUGGCUUGUGAACCGACAGCAAAUAAAAUAGUAGACUAUGAAAUAACAGCAACAACGAUAAAUUAUUCGACAGAGAAUCAUAAACCUUUUAGGUUUAAAAAUGCAAUUAUUGUACCAAUAGAAGAGCAUACAGCAUGUAGAUGUGUUUGUGCGAUUAAAGAAAAAGAUUGUAAUAGUAAUCAAAUAUACAAGCCGGAAGAAUGCAGAUGUCAGUGUAAAAACCUUGACGAGAAAGAAAAUUGCAAAGCGGGUAACACCAAGAAAACAUGGAACCCUGAGCUCUGUAUCUGUCAAUGUCAGGAAGUUGAACAAUGUCCUACAAACUUCUACUUCGAUCCAAACACUUGCAGCUGCAAGAAGAUAGUUGUUGAAGCAUGGUCCAACGACAAUAGAAGACCAAAUUUUAGCUUUAAUACACCAAGACCUAGUCAAUCGUUACCGGUUUUAUAUCCACCAGAUAUAGACGAUUCGCGAAAACGUCGCUAAAAAAACGCUAAAUACUAAAAACUAAGUUUUCCAUUCGAGUAUUUAUACUACUAAGAAAUUUUCGCCUCACCCGAAUAUAAAAAAAAGUAUUAAAAUUAAGAGAUUAAAGUCUGUAAAAUCGACUACUCAUCACAUAUUAUAGAUUAAUUUUUAAUUUCUAAUUUGACUAUGUGAGGUAUUUUUUAACUUUUGAAUUUUGUAAUAUGCUUUUUGUAUUUUAAAAAUGCAACAUAUUUAAAAAAAAACGCGCAAAAUGUAUAUUUAUCAAUUUUUAGUCAACAAAGUUGACGAAAAAUUUGACAUCAUUAUUCAUUAUUCUAUUAUAUGAAUCAUUUUUAAAUAAAUAUUUGUUAUCUGUUAUUAUGUUCACAAACUACAAUGACGUAUUACAAAUUCUAUAAUAGUAAUGAAUGAAACUCUUGUGAUAGUUAUUACCUGUUGUGAAUUUAAAAUAACAUCUAGAAAUAUUUCAUAUUUUAAUAUUGUAUAAAGUUACAAUGUAAUUGACUCAACUAUUAGUUUAAGAAUGAAAAUCUAUGUUAAUUUUUCAUAUUUAUAUAAUAUAUAUAUAUAUAUAUAUAUAUAAUUUUAAUUAAAUUAUGAAAGAGAGAAUAUAGGGAUAUUAUUUCUCAAGUGUUUGAGCAAAAAUAUUAAAAAUUUAUUAAUUUUUCAAAUUUGAAAAUAAAAAAAAAAUAUAAAGGCAAAAUAAUUUCUAUCAAAUCAUGUUUAAUAUUUUAGAAAUUUUUUUAAAAGAACAACUAAUAAAAUAUUUUUAAUAUUUAAUUUUUAGUCAUCGGAAAACUUUUGAGAAAUAAUGUCCAGUAUGAAAAAAACGUUAAAGCUUUAAGCGACAUUGAAAUUGUAUUUUACUUUCUUAACUAUAUAUAUAAUGCAAUCUUCGCAAAUAAUUAUUGUUAAAAAAUUAAAUUUAAAAAUCAAACUCCAUGAGUUUCCUAUUUUUAUAAUUGUAAAUCGAUUAUCAAAAUCAAAAAUUGUUAUAUGUAAUGUUUAUAUAGAUGUAUAUAUAAUUAUUAUAAAUAAUAAGUGACAUAUUUUUAACAGA